UGCUUCCACUGCAACGCCCAUCCUCCAAAUUUUCGGUAUCCCUUGCUGGUCCUUCGCGUGGUUGGCUCUGGUUUUCUUCAUCUUGUAUAUAUCACGCAUCCUUUAGGAACCGAGUUCAAAGGGAGCAACACCGGCAGUGUCGCCUGGCAUGCAUUUCACGAAACCAGCAUGGGUGAUGCACGGGGACUCGUCUGGGAAAACCGAUUCCGCGAAACGGCUCUCUAUCUUCUCUGUGCAUGUCCAUCCCGACGGCUCUCGUAUCGCGACCGGUGGGCUGGAUGCCAAAGUACGAAUAUGGAGCACCAAACCGAUUCUGGUUCCGGCGUCCGAGCUUUCGAACAAGCCACCAAAGUCGUUGUGCACGUUGUCGAUGCACACUGGUCCAGUGCUGUGUGUACGAUGGGCUCAUUCUGGGAGAUGGCUCGCGAGUGGUAGUGAUGAUGAGAUUGUCAUGAUUUGGGACCUUGACCCAAGCGCCCGGGGAAAGGUCUGGGGCUCUGACGAGAUUAAUGUUGAAGGUUGGAGACCGAUGAAGCGCCUGCCGGGGCAUGAAAGUGAUGUCACUGAUGUGGCUUGGUCUCCCGGGGAUCGCUAUCUCGCGUCGGUAGGACUGGACUCACAGGUUCUUGUCUGGUGCGGAUAUACACUGGAGCGUCUGCGGAAACUUGACCAGCACCAGGGCUUCGUCAAGGGAGUGUGUUGGGAUCCUGUGGGCGAGUUUUUGGCAACACAGUCGGAUGAUCGUUCCGUCAAGAUUUGGAGAACGACAGAUUGGUCUCUUGAAGCCGAGGUCACGAAGCCGUUUGAAGAUUCCCCGGGGAGCACUUUUUUCAGGAGACUGAGUUGGUCGCCCGACGGUGCUCAUAUUACUGCCUCGAAUGCAACAAAUAAUAAAGGAUUUGUAUUCAUUGCUGCGGUUAUUACGCGAAACACAUGGACGUCCGAGAUCAGCUUGGUCGGCCACGAGAAUACUGUUGAAGUCGCGGCUUACAAUCCACACAUAUUCUUGAGAAAUCCCAAUCAGCCUGUUUCGACCUCAAACAUCUGUUCCGUCGUUGCUUUGGGCGCCGAUGACCGGUCGGUAUCCGUAUGGCAGACAAAAACAGCACGACCACUCAUUGUUGCUAAGGAGGUCUUUGAAAGGCAAAUUAUGGAUCUGAAUUGGUCAUGGGAUGGGCUAACUCUGUAUGCUGCAUCGUCAGAUGGAACGAUAGCUGUGUUCAACUUCGAACCAGAUGAGCUUGAGGGCAUUGCUCCGCAUUCGGUUCAAGAUCAAUACUUGUCGAAGUUUGGCUUUGUUCCCCCACCUAUCCCCAAAGGAUAUUCCCACGUUCCCACGCAGAGCACCUCCACGCCAUCCCCCUCACACACUCAUUCACAGACCGCUGGGUUUGACAAUCACGUUAAUGGGAGCGGCGGUGAACGAGUUAACAUGCUCGCCUUACGCAAGUCCCUGCUGCAGCCAACUGGCGCCACUCCGAUGAACGGACCAAAGCGAGCUUCUUUGAUACCCAUUCAAGAGGCCAAAAUGGCUGUGGAUUCUCCUCCUCACCAGGCGCAGACUACGUCGUUUUUCCCUUCUCCGAAUGAACAGCCUUAUUUCCCUACUCCAAAAGAGCAACCCUUUGAAGCCCCUUCCAGCUACAGGUCCCGGCACGCAGAUAUUGAUAUGGGAGUUCCGAUUGACGCGUUUGACAUGUCUCCGAACAAGGGAAAAAGAAAGGCAUCAGAUGAAGAUGAAGAAUCCCGGCCGGUGUUCAGGACUUUGGGAGGGGACCGUCCUCGUCACAACAUACCUAUCACAGAGAUUACAAGUUCGGGAAUGGCUAGCCAAUCGACAUGGGGCUCGAGCACUCUUAUCCUGCCAACUCCUGCUACGGCUACCGACUACGUGUUUGAAAGCGUGAAUUCUGAAGAGACCGGUUUGUCAGAGGUGUCAUUUGUGAGUGGCAAGCAGACGCUCUGGCUAGACUACUUGUCCUCGCCGGCGUUAGCUAUCAAAGCUACGUCGUCGUAUUGUGCUGUGGCUAUGCAAGAUGGAUCAGUGAACGUGUAUUCUCAUACUGGAAGAAGGAUUAUGCCGAAUUUGAGCCUUGGCGCACCUUGUUCUUUCCUGGAUGGCGUGAAGAAUUCGUUACUAGUCAUCACUGCGUCCGGUCAGGUUUACUCCUGGGCCGUGAAUAAACAGGCAUCAUUCUUCCCUCCAGUAUCCAUCGCACCACUUUUAUCACCCAAUGUUACUAUUUCCUCAGCCACAACCCGUGCCAACGGUUGUCCAAUCUUUAACUUCUCCAAUGGUGUCGUCUAUUCGUAUGAUCCACAACUCUCCGCUUGGGUGAAGGUUACAGACCGAUGGUGGUCAAGCGGCUCUGACGUUUGGCCCGGGAGACAGCGUUCUUUAGCACAGUCUGCCAAUCGCGGUAUAUUGAGUGCACUAGAAGCGAGUGUAAACGAGUCGCCUGAUGAGAGCGCGGCGGAGAAACCGAGGCCGUCUUGGUGGGGGACAGCGCUAACGUUGGGACACUUGGAGACGCGGUUGCUUUCUGCAAAGUUGUUGGAUAGCCCGUCGGAGUAUAAGCAGGCACUGCUGCUGUACUCGAAGAAGAUUGCGGAUGAGGGAUUCAGGGCUAAGGCUGAGGAGCUGAUUAAGGAGCUCUGUGGACCUGUCUAUUGGCGGUCGGCAGAUGAACAGCGGGAGGUUACCUGGUCGCCUUAUGUGGCCGGUUUGUCCAAGCGAGACUUGCUCAAGGACGUUGUAUUGGCACAAUUUGUGAGGAGUAAGACCCUAACGAAGCUGGCUAUGGACUAUCAAGAUUUGUUGAAGAAGAUUGCCACUUGCUAGCGAUGAUAUAUGAUUAUGAUUGGACCGACGGACUGUAUAUAUAGUAUAUUUUUUUAAUCCUAUGUAGCUAUACCAUUUACUCUGCUCGGGAUUUGAGCC